UUCCAUCCUCAACCCUCAAACUCACUAAAGUGAAGUCUCCAUCCUCCGAGGGCAUGGAAGCAUCCAAAGAAGAUGACGAAAAACCAGACUGUAAUUAUUGUCAAACAGAGGAAAAUGAUCCUGCAACUUCACCCCUGGAACACUCAUUUGAGCAAGAUGAUCUUAGCAUGCAUGAAGUUGAAGAGGUCAGGCAGCGAGUUUGCUAAGGAAGCCUAAGCCUUGGACCUUGCGAGGACGUGUUAUCCGUACCCCUUGACUAGAGUAACCACUAGCUGGAGUCAAAUCAUCUUCGUCUUGUGGGGAUAUAUAUUGGGAUGCAUAAGGUUUUGAUCAGAUCCUUUUGCUGUUAUUUUCAUAUAUUCCUAGAUAUAGUCAGUUGAUCCAAAAUAGAUUUAAGUACUAGACAACGAAAUCACUAGUGGAGUAUAUUUCCUUAAUUUGUCUGAACGGAUUUGAGUUUGACAUUGUAAGGUAAUUAAAGUGUAUGUAGUAUCAAAGUUUAAAUCUUAACUUUAAGAUGGUGGAGACAAUUUAAAAAAGAAAAGUGCUACCCCUUG